AAGCGUGCGCAGUUUCUUGGCAUACACUAAACAUCUUUUUGAUCAACUGAGGUUCGGUGAUCACUCCAGCAACAAAAGAAACGCCGCAUCCACACUUCCAUGACUAAUCCCCUGCGCACGAGCAACGCGCACCCCACGCGUACCUCGUCCGUUUGUUCCCAUUUGUGGUCAAGUACUGCUGCGGUCUCCGUGGAUACACAGCGUGCUAAAGUGUUAUAUAAGGCGACAUAUUCUUUUCAGACCAGACAGGGAAACCGUUCGCGUUCUCAGCUUCAUGGGCGAAGAAGACAAGGAUCUGUUCGACCGACCUCAACGCGGAACAAUCGAAGUGAAGUCAGAACACGGCACGUCUGCGGAGCAAGAACGCCAAAGGAGAUAUGCGGAUCUGUUCGAGCAACUGGACCUGAAUAGAGAUGGCAGGGUUGACAUUAGCGAAUUGCGAAUUGGACUGGCUGCUCGAGGUUUACACCAAGGAGAGGCUGAAGAGAUAGUCCUGGAGAGUGACAUCAAUCAAGAUGGCUUGCUGGACUUCCAAGAGUUCUCUCAGUACAUGCAGGCUCAUGAGAAGAGGCUAUGGCUCAUGUUCCAUAAACUUGAUCGGAACAAUGACGGUAAAAUUGAUGUGGGAGAGAUCCAGCACUUGAUGCACAAGCUUGGAGUUGAGGUCACCAAGGAGCAGGCCUCGAGAAUACUGCAGAGUAUGGACAGGGAUGGUACCAUGACCAUUGACUGGAAAGAAUGGCGAGAUCACUUCAUGUUCAAUCCUUUCCACAACAUGGAAGAGAUUGUCCACUACUGGAAGCACUCCCAUAUGUUUGACAUUGGGGAACAUUUGACGGUGCCAGAUGAGUUCUCAGAGAAGGAACGGCGAUCCGGUCUGGUUUGGAGGCAGUUGGUUGCAGGAGCAAUGGCAGGUGCUGUGUCCAGGACAGGAACUGCUCCUUUGGAUCGCCUGAAAGUUUUCCUGCAGGUACACGGUUCUGUGUCUCAUGGGAAAAAUCUGUGGUCGGGGCUGAGAGGGAUGAUCCAAGAAGGAGGUGUUUUUUCACUCUGGAGGGGAAAUGGCAUCAAUGUCCUCAAGAUUGCCCCAGAAUCUGCAAUUAAGUUUAUGGCCUAUGAACAGAUCAAGUGGCUGAUCCGUGGCAGCAGGGAAGGGGAAAGUUUAAAAGUACAAGAAAGAUUUCUUGCUGGUUCUUUGGCAGGAGCUACUGCCCAGACCAUCAUCUACCCUAUGGAGGUGCUUAAAACUCGUCUCACAUUAAGGACAACGGGACAAUACGCAGGUAUGGCUGACUGCGCCAGACAGAUCCUGAGAAGGGAGGGAGUCCGGGCUUUUUACAGGGGCUACCUGCCAAAUACGAUUGGCAUUAUCCCCUACGCUGGUAUCGACCUAGCUGUGUAUGAGACUCUUAAGAACGCCUGGCUUCAGAGGUACUGUUUAGACUCUGCAGAUCCGGGUGUUUUGGUGCUACUGGGCUGUGGUACUGUUUCCAGCACCUGUGGGCAGCUAGCAUCAUAUCCACUCGCUCUCAUUCGGACACGAAUGCAAGCGCAAGCCAGCACGGAGGGUAAACCAAAACUGACCAUGGUGGGCCAGUUCAAAUACAUCUUAUCCAACGAAGGUGUGUCUGGUCUGUACCGUGGCAUAACACCCAAUUUUCUCAAAGUCAUUCCUGCUGUUAGCAUCUCUUAUGUGGUGUAUGAGCACAUGAAGAAAUUCCUUGGGGUGGCACACUAACAAACAAGAACGACAAAUGAGGUUGCCCAAACUAUAAAAGAUAAAGAAAACACAGACUUAACCUAUGAGACAGAGGAGAUGAGAAAAUAGUUAUUUCACUGAAACUAAACAUUUAUUUUUUUUUUUUUUGCAUUGCUUCUUUUGGCUACAUACUAAAAAAAAAAACAAAAAAAAAAAAAGAGAGAAAUAUAGCAUGAUAACAGGGCAACAAGUUAAGAAUGUACUUUAUGCUGCUUUUUAGUUGCCCUCAAAGUAUUUUCGCUAUCCCCAUUUUCUACAUUUUAAGCUUCAAUGAUAAGUGAUGCAAUUUUGAUAUUUUUUUGAUCAUGAACUGUUGGUCAGAUGCUUUCCCCUGUGUUCACAACUGCUCCAACUUUUGUUCCACUAUGAAACACCGUUUUGUGUUUGAUAAAAUGUUUGCAGCGACAUAACAGCGACAAAUCAAUCUGGGUUUUCUUGUACUCUUAUCAUAAUUUAUGAUCAUACAGAGCUAUUUUCAAUAGUUUAUUCCUUUUAAUGAACUUUUUUUCCCCACCAAAAAUGUGAAGUAAAGAUAUAUUUAUCAUCGUAAGAUCUUUUUAAACAAAUGCAUGAAUCAAGACUGCUGAUACAUCCCCAAUGGCAAAGAAAAGUUCUCUUAAAUUUGUUUACAUUUGAUGAAACACAUGUAACAUCCUCUGCAUUGCUAUUGUUAUUUUCUGUUAUACAAGCCUACUUGAUGAAUGCUUGUCUCCAAUGGGGCCUUUCACGCAUGACAUGUGUAAAGCAUGAAUGCAUGUUAUUGUUGUGCAGCCAGCUAGUUUAGGUGUGGGUGAAUAAUUUAUUCCAUAUAUUUUAAAAUACGAAAGUGUUUGAUUGUGUGUAUGUAUAAAUGCUUGUUUAUAAUGGCUACGAUUACUGUACAGUCAACCCUCAAAAGUUGAUCACAACUCACUGGUUCCAUUACAUGUAAAGUGACUUUUAUACCUUCAUGAACUACAGACAGUCAUUUAACAUUCAACGUUCUAACCUGUUCUAAAAGUAUCAAUACAAAUUACCCUCCAAUAAAACUAAGACAAAGUAAAACUACUCAAACAUUAAUUAAAGAAGCUUGACACAAACAUAGUCGGAAAGGAAGGUGCCUGCGGAGUGAUGCUGUUCUCAGAGGUAUUUUUUAGGUGCUGAUGGAGUGAAGUGCAUAAUAAUCUCACCCAUCACAUUUUUGUGAAUAUUUUAUUAGUGCUUUUCAUGGAUAUCAAUGAAGAACCACUUUUCCACAAUGUGAAUCAGUCAGUGGAGCUACUGGAAUGUUUGACUUUUGAGAUUCCACUGUAUAACAUGAUACAGUAGUUUUGACAACACAUCAAUACCGACUGAACAUGCAUGGGCACUUUAAAUGUGUCCAUAAUGUAAAUUUGGUUGUACUGUACUUCUAUAAUUGGGCUUGUAACCAUCAAUAUACCACCAAGGUCACAUUUAAAAAUGUAUUUGCACAAGUCAUCUUGGAAGCUGCAUUAUUCUGGUUUACUCAGGGCCAUGUAAAAGUGUGCAAAAAUUACAUUUUAGAUAUGCUCUUUGCAAAAAAUGUUUCAAAUUCCAUACCUAAUAUGAUCCCCAUGUAAUUUGGGUUCACUCCCACAAACAUGUUAACUUA